AUCUUUGUAUUUACAACUCUUGUCUCUUUUGAAUCUGCAGAGGAAGAAUAUCAAGGACAAACCAAGAGAAAGCGCAUUCGAAGAAAGAAACAAAAGAGCAGUUUGCAAAACUCCAAUAAUUUACAUGGAGAACAAACAGAAUCUGGAAUCCAAGAGACUCUUGUUCAAGAUAAUUUACAGCUGCAGCAGAUAGACAGUCCCAAAUUAAGUAAAAACAAGAAGAGGAAAAUGAAAAAGAAGCGACAGAAACAAAAAAUGAGAGCAGCUGGCUUGGUAACAAAAACUACCGGGGUGGAUUUUACAUAUCAGCCUGAUAAAAACAGCAGAGAAGAAGCAGCAGGCUUAAAAGACAUAGAUGAAAAGGCAGAUAGCAUUUUGGACUUCCUGCAGGCAACACAACAAAUUUAUUUUGCUGACAAUAAAUCAGAAUGCACGGAUUCUGCUGUAAACUCAGCAACUGCCCAAGAGCUUUUACAGCAUCUUGAAUCUCGCACCAUCUCUUCCUCAGAUGUGACUCUUCUACAUCAGUUGAAAUCCCUUGUAUUGCUACAGGAUAUUGAGAGGUUGAAGGAUGCUUUGAAACAAUUCCAAGAACAAUCCAUGUUGCCUCCUGAUCAUACCAAGAUAGUCAUGUCACUGUUUCACUACUGGAUCACAGAUAUCCUUCCUGUGAAGAACAGGAAAUAA